AUGGAGGGAAUCGCCAACGUGGCCAAAGCAGGAGAGCUGUCGAACUCCCUUCGAGUCCACGCGCUGCAAAGAGGCUUCCUGGAGCCCGCCGUCUACGCGACCCUGAGGCGAAGGCAGCGCCGCCUCAUGGACGAGAACCCGGGAGUGCUGAUGGCCGUCGCCAAGGGUGCCAAGACGGCCGUCAGCGAGUGCAAGCACCAGUUUCGAGACAGGCGGUGGGAUUGCCCCACCUUCAUCAACUUGCGGGGGAAGUACCUGUUCGGGAAGAUCGUCGACAAAGGCUGCAGGGAGACUGCCUUCGUGUACGCCAUCACCUCUGCCGGGGUGACCCACUCCGUGGCUCGAGCUUGCAGUGCAGGUCACAUCAAAACGUGCACCUGCGACUACAGAAGGAGAAGUCCGCCGGGAUUGGACUGGGAAUGGGGAGGCUGCUCCGACAACAUACAGUUCGGUGACAAAUUCUCGCGGCUCUUCGUGGAUGCCGGCGAAAAGGGCAGGGAUCUUCGGGCCAUGAUGAACAUCCACAACAAUGACGCCGGGAGGUUGCACGUGUCCUCAGAAAUGCAACAGGAAUGCAAGUGCCACGGGAUGUCCGGAUCUUGCACCGUGAAGACUUGCUGGAUGAGGCUUCCCAGUUUCAGGAAAGUGGGUGACAAUCUUCGAGAAAGGUUCGAUGGAGCCUCCAGAAUCCUGGCAUCGAACGCAGGAAAUAUGAGGGCCCACAUGAGAAGGCGGCGAGGUGGAGGGGGCAAGUACAAUUUCCGGCUCCAGAGCUACGACCCGAGUCACAAGCCUCCCGGAAAGAAGGAUUUGGUCUAUUACGAGGCAAGCCCGAACUUUUGUGACAAAAACAAACGCCUGGCCAUCCCAGGGACCCGCGGUCGGAACUGCAAUGCCACCUCGUUCGGCAUGGACGGCUGCGAGUUGAUGUGCUGCGGCCGGGGGUUCAAAUCCACGAUCAUGGAGGAGAAGGAGCGGUGCAACUGCACCUUCCGCUGGUGCUGUGACGUGGAAUGCCAGGUUUGCCGGACGUAUGCGGAUGAUGCGGCGUCGCGGAAGGGAGACGACCUGAGUUGUGCCUCUUUGCCGUCUUUGACUCACCGACAGAGAAGCGUGUGCUUCCGAUUCCCGUCGCUCACGUCCGCGGCUCUCGACGGGUUCCGGAAGGCCACCCAAGAAUGCCAGCACCAGUUCCAGAAUGAUCGCUGGAACUCAUCGCUCUUGGCAGCUGGGAUGAUGUGGGCGCUUCGUCGAGAGUGCAGCGGCUUGCACGGCUCGUCGGGAUGCGACUGUCGAGAGGGCGUGAACUCGGAAUCGAAUUGGAAGUGGGCCGGAUGCUUCACGAGCCCCGAAGCCGCCUCGUCCAUUUCCCAAGUUUUCCUGGGUUCCUUGGAGAGCGGGAAGGAUAUACACUCCCGGUUCCUUCGACACAAUCACAACUUGGGUCGAUUGGUGAUACUGAAGAUGAGCACGGUUCGUUGCCGAUGCCAUGGGCUCUCGGGGAGCUGCGAGAUGAAAACCUGCUGGCGACAUCCGCCGGGAUUCCGGGAGAUCGGGGACUUCAUGAAGCAACGCUACGCCAAGGCCCUUCCGGUCGGACUGGCCAACAACGGGCAGGCCGGGCUCAAAGUCCAGAAACUUGCCGGCAGCUGCCCAGAUUUCCGUUCUCUCAAACUUCAUGCACGAUAUGAAUGUUUUUACUUGAAAAAAUAG